CUUGCUAAAUGAAAUGAUGAUUUUAUAAUGCACUUGUGUGCAUGUAAAUGGCAUGCAUUAUACGCGGUCCCUUUAAAUGAAUAUAUGCGUGCAGUUUGAUGUUGAAGUCGUAGAACUGAUUCAGCCUGUCCCCAUAAUAAAAGAGCAGAUUAGCAUAUAGGAGGGUGCAGUUACUGAACUUGGACUAUGUAAUGCAAGUGACACUCAACAGCCAGCCAGAUUGUAUCACUAACAAAUCCACAAUUUGCAGUAAAUGUAGCUUUAAAUCACCGGAUCUGCCUUUGUCAUUACCACCCACAUGUACACGCCCGGCUGACUAUACUGUAGCUUCCUGUUACAUAAAAACACAGAGGAAAAAAAUGUCACAGGCAGGCCUUCGCUGCAAGUCUGAGCCUGGAAACUUCAGCCGUUCUAUGUUACUUGUCUGUGCGGCCCUGAUCAUCUGUUGAAACUGGAGGUCAUCACAAGCAUUCUAGACUGAAGAACUCGGUAUGGAUAGUCUUCCAUAUGAUUUCAACCAGUAUUUGGAUAUCUCAGGAUGGAAGGAGCCCAGUAAGUCAAAUGGGAAUGAAACGCCUAAGACUGACACUGUGAAAUAUGGAGACACAUAUGACUCUGGCUUUCAAAGCAUAAGCUAUGUUCCCUCCUGGGGAAUGCCUCAUAAAAGACAAGGGGAUUGGUCACCUGAAAAGUCCAGUUCUGAUGUUGUGGACCAGUCAGAGAUGCAGAUGAGAGUGGAUUCCUUCCGAAAACUGGGUUAUUCUGCAGUAGAAAUUCAUUCAGUUCUGCAGAAUCUUGGUAUUGAAGCAGAUACAAACAGUGUGCUGGGAGAACUAGUGAAACAUGGAGGAAACCCAGAACGGGAGGCUGUGCCUGAGGAGACCCUAGAUCCUACUUUAGUCUCUCGAGGAGGUCUGGGGACAAGGGCAACCGCAUCUUCUGAGGAGGGUGACAGUAACAACCUAAGGCCUAUUGUCAUCGAUGGAAGCAAUGUUGCUAUGAGUCAUGGUAAUAAAGAGGUAUUCUCGUGUCGUGGAAUUUUACUUGCUGUUAACUUCUUCCUGGAAAGAUGUCACACGGAUAUCACAGUGUUUGUUCCAUCAUGGAGAAAAGAGCAACCUAGGCCUGAUAUGCCUAUUACAGAUCAACACUUUCUGACUGAACUUGAGAAGAAGAAAAUCCUGGUCUUCACUCCCUCACGACGGGUCAAUGGGAAACGGCUAGUGUGCUAUGAUGAUAGGUUUAUAGUAAAGUUGGCUUACAAAUGCGAUGGGAUCAUAGUUUCAAAUGAUACUUACAGAGACCUCCAGAGUGAGAAGCCAGAGUGGAAGAAGUUCAUAGAGGAGCGUCUGCUCAUGUACUCUUUUGUCAAUGAUAUAUUCAUGCCUCCAGAUGAUCCCAUGGGUCGAAAAGGACCAAACUUAGAUGAUUUUCUAAGAAAAAGGCCUAUUGGACCAGAAAACAAAAAAUUACAGUGUCCUUAUGGUAAGAGAUGUACUUAUGGCAUGAAGUGCAAGUUUUAUCACCCAGAAAGAAUAAACCAAACUCAGCGUUCAGUAGCAGAUGAACUCCGUAAAAACGCAAGACUUUCUCCCACCAAAAGCAUUACUUACUUGGAGGACAAGAAAACAAGAAAGCAUUCUGUUGCUGAGACUUCCAAUGUAGAUGCAGACACUUCCUCUCUACAAAAACAUUCUUUAGAGAGAACUGGAUCUUCUCAAAAACCAAGGCAGAUAGACAAGAAUGCAUUAAAGCAAUAUCAUUCCAACGGUGCUUCUGAAUGGUUCUCACCAUCACUUAGCUCCAAGGAUUCCCAUCCUCACCAUUCGGUCGACUCUGGUGUGGAGUUGUGGCCAAGUAUAUCGAACAGUUGCUGUGAUCCUUCUCAUGACCCAAUGCAAUACUGCAGCUCUAGUCAACAGAUACCAUGCUGUCGGCAUAGACCUGAUAUGGACUCAAAUCCUCAUAAACACUAUAAUUCUUCGCAUGGUCCUCAUUCAGCACCUUUCUUUCCCUAUAACCAGUCUUCCCCAUGGUCAGCCCCAAAUAUGGCACAUCAUGUGUACAGAAGGGAAAUGUCAGAAUCAAUGCCUACUACCCAUAGUCUUCCAACUGACUACCCCAAUUCAGCUACUCGGUCACGUGAGUUCUGGAGUGAUCCAAUUGCAGGCCAUCAUUCCUCAACUAGAUCCCAUUCUAACUACCAAGGAUACAUACCAGUUCAACCUUCAAGCAAUGAUUACCACCAAUGGCAAAACCAGGAAACAUACACAGCUGAGAGAAUGAAUGUGCGCACUAGGCUUUGUGCUAUCUUUAACCCCCAGUUAGUCGAUAUUGUCAUGAAAAUGCACCCACAACAGAUGGAUCCACAGAUAUUAGCAGCAGAAAUAUUCAAUUACAAAUCCCAAGCCCGAAUGUGAAAGUAGAGACACGUAAUAAAGCAGCCCCAAGAAUAAUAUGGAAAAUUUUAUAUAAAGGCCCGAAACAAAAAACAGUGGUUCUGCUUCAUUCCCCUAAGCUGUGAGUUGUUAUUUUGUGUUACGUAAUGGAUUAGUCAUGGCUCUUUGUGCUGUAAUGACAGCUUUUUAGCUAGUAGAAGUCAGGUAACACAAAACCAUUUAAAACAUAUCAGUGUGUGCUGCUCGCUUUAUUCUAAACUAAUAAUAAUAAUAACAAUUGAUAUCCAUUGUGGUUAUCCAGACUAAAGGGGUAUUCUAUAAAAGUGGAUAAAAGCAUGUGUUGAAGUAUUGCACAUUGCAAAACCUGUAUUUUAACUGCAUUAGAUAUGCAAGAGAAUUUUUAUUUUAAACACUUAUAUAUGAUGUCCAUUGGAAUUGAUCCAUUCUCUUCCUCCCGCAAGUCUGGAAUGACAUAUAAAUUCACCUCUGCCACUACCAUUACCUCUACAGUACUUUUCUUUUUCUCUAAAAUAUUGAAUAUGUCUGUUAUACCUUUCUUUUGUAUAGUUAGAGACAGCUGAUGUAACAUAUAAUAUAACAUAUUAUUGUACACUUUUGGAACAUUUGUAAAUAUUUUAGCUAAAAUGAAACGUUGUAUGUUUCAGCUACAAUUUAAUAAGGCUAUUUUAUCAGCUCAUGCUUUUCUACAGAGCUAUUCUUUUUUAUGUCUGUCCUGCACAGAUGCCUAAAUGUUUUUGUAAGGGAUGCAAUGAUUCCAGUGUAUGGAAUUCAGCUAAUCCUUUUUAUUUUAGUAUACAAAGGAUUCAGGAUAGAAAACUGAAACUCAUUCAAAUCUGUUUCUUUUAUUUAUUACUUCAAAUAACAAAAUCCAAAACCAGAUGCAAAUUAGAACUUGCAUUGUGCAUAGUAUACCUUUUUGAUGGGGCUUCAGUUUUCCGUCAAAUUCACAUGUGUGGAUUAGGUACAUCCCUACGUUUCAACCACAAAGAAACUUGGCAUGUCCCCACAAGAAAAGGAUGUGAAUAGAGCUAUAAGUAGAUUUUUCUAACAUCUGGAAGUUCCUUGUGAAAGGAGACAAACAAAACAAUUGCUAGAGAGCAGUUGGCACGUUGAUACACAUUGUAUCUGAUGCAAAUGUAAAAUCCAGUGGUUGGUCUACAAUGAGUGAGAGGGUUAACGCAAUGGUAGACAAAAUUUUGAUGAAUAUAUAUAUAUAUAUAUAUAUAUAUAUAUAUAU